AUGGCGUCGCUUUUGCAAUUGGGUGGAGUGCGCUGCAUUACGCUUAGGCCAAACCUGCUGGGCUCCAAGGAGGAGUUCCACAACAAAUUUGUGAAACCAAUCGAUGCCGGGAGCAAUGCUCACGCAACUCCUUGUAAUGUGAAGAGGAUGAAGUGGAGACUAUACGUGCUGCAGGACAUGCUCGACAGCUGCAUUCAGUGGCUGGACCACACAUCGCUGAAGACUUUGUUGCCAUUGCCAUCCAAAAUGGAGUAUGUAAUCCUCAUAAAGAUGAGCCCCCUGCAGGCCAAAAUGUACGAUUUUUACAAUAAAAACCUGGCAAAAGGCGGCUACAAGAAGAGCGCAACGGGUCGCCCUGGUCGAUCUGCGUUUUUGCAAGAUCUACAUAACCUACGUCGUGUCUGGACGCAUCCUAUGAUGCUGGCGACUAACACGUCUGAAAAGGAUGAGGACCUGCAAGCCGAAUGUGAUGAAGAUGAGGAAAUUGACGAGCUGGACUACCCUGAGGAGGCAGUUUGCAAGCCUGCUAGUCCUAGUGAUGAUUCACCCGACGGUCUCACCCAGAAGGACAAAAUGCAGCUGGACUGGUGGAAGGAGAUCGUGGCAGCGUCAGUUGACAUUAAAGACAAAACGUGGAAGAACUGCCCCGAAUACAGCGGCAAAAUGGUAAUACUGCUGAACGUCAUGCAAGAUUGCUUUACCAACGGUGAAAAACUAUUAAUCUUCUCGCAAAGCCUCAGAACGUUAAACCUCAUCGAAAACUUUUUAGAUUUGAUAGAAAAAGGGGACCUUACGAUGCCAUCCUAUGAAAAUGCCAAGCCGCUGCAGUUUACAAACUGGACGCCGGACUUGGACUACCUCAGAUUGGAUGGAAACACCCCUGCUAACACCAGGGAACGCCUUUGCAAGUUCUUCAAUGAUGAGGAGAAUGACAGGUGCAGACUUUUCCUUGUCUCCACUCGGGCUGGCAUCGGCAUCAACCUCGUGGCGGCCAAUCGGGCCGUAAUUUUUGACGCAUCGUGGAAUCCUUCUCACGAUGCGCAGGCCACGGCGAGGAUCUAUCGCAUGGGCCAGACCAAGACCAGCUACAUUUACCGAUUUGUCACACAGGGCUCAAUGGAGGAAAAAAUCUACUGGCGACAGGUGUUCAAGCUAAUUCUGUCAGCACGUGUGCUUGAGGAGAAGACUAUCACACCGACAUUCGACACCACCAACAUCGCCGACUUCUACGAGUCAUGUGCAGAUGUGGAGUACCUCAACACGCCCAUUGUAGAGGAUAAACUGAUGGCCGGCCUUAUCGCCCAACACAAGAAUUGGAUCUCAGCGGUCUUCUUACAUGACUCACUCCUCGAUGGCGAAAAAGAAGAACUAACCGAAGAGGAGAAGAAGGAUGCAUG